AUGGGAGGCAAGACGGCAAGAGCUUGUGACAGCUGUUUACACAAGAGGGCACGUUGGUUUUGCGUAGCAGAUGAUGCUUUCCUUUGCCAAGCAUGUGAUGCGUCGGUCCAUUCGGCGAAUCAGUUAGCAAGUAGACACCAAAGAGUCAGGCUUGAGACUGCGUCAUCAUUUAAGAUUGGUUCAAUAAACACUGAUCAGGAUUAUUCUCCACCAGCAUGGCAUCAAGGGUUCACAAGAAAGGCAAGAACCCCAAGGCAUAACAACAACAACAACAACAACAACAAGUCAUUACCGGUGCAACAAAAGAUCAAAGAUGAUCGAGAGAAAUUCUUGAACCCACUUCCUCUUGUUCCUGAAAUUGGAAGUGAAGAAGAGGGAAAUAUGGUCGCUGAUGAGAAUGAAGAUGAUCAGUUUCUUUGUAGGGUUCCUGUGUAUGAUCAGUUUGCAGCAGAAUUAGGUGACAUAGUAACAAGUGAAGAUGGAAAUAUGGUUGUUGAUGUUUUCGGACAGGAAGGGACAUGUGACUUGGAUAACCUACCAGGGCUUUUACCUUCAGACAUGGAUCUGGCUGAGUUUUCUGCAGAUGUUGAGAACUUACUGGGACAGGAAGCUGAUGAGGAAUCUCAUGAUACUCUGGAUGUAGGGCUGUUAGAUUGUAGUAAAGAAGAAGACGAAGGACAGUUUUGUUUCGAGAACAAAGUAGUGAAAGUUAAGGAUGAGCAAGAAAUGGAAGCAAUCAUAGCUUGUCAUUUUGACCAAGAUUUCAAUAUGGCAAGAGAAUCAUUAUUGGAUUGGAAUUUCGACUACAAGACUCUGGUGGAAGGAGAUGAAGAGGUGGACGAGAAGGUGGUGCCAGUGCCUGAGACAGCGAUGAUGAAUAGCGGAUACAAGAAGGAGAUGAAGAGGAACGUAUCUUUGAGGCUUGAUUAUGAGUCAGUCAUCACUGCAUGGGCCAGUCAAGGUUGUCCAUGGACUACAGGAAGCCGACCUGAGCUCAACCCUGAUGAUUGUUGGCCUGAUUCCAUGGGUGCGUGCCUUAAUGAAGCUAAUCAUCCAUAUGGAGGACUGAGAAGAGGUGUAGAUGGGGGAAGAGAAGCGAGGGUGAUGAGAUAUAAAGAGAAGCGAAGAACACGAUUGUUUUCAAAAAAGAUAAGGUACGAAGUAAGGAAAUUGAAUGCAGAGAAAAGGCCUAGAAUGAAAGGCAGGUUCGUCAAGAGGACAUCCUUCAUGGGGACUGCAGAGUUUCCUUACCUCAACAAGUAA